AUGAGUGACACCCCUUCUACAAGUUUUUCCAUGAUUCAACCGAUUUUGUCUGAAGGUCAAAUUCUAUCUUCUCGCCAUGUAAGUGUCACUCAUCCUGUUGUCGCCAAACGGAUCAGCUUUUACAAGAGCGGAGACCCCCAGUUUGGUGGGGUCAGGGUGGUGGUCAACCCUCGUUCCUUUAAGACCUUCGACGCUCUGCUUGAUAACUUGUCCAGGAAGGUGCCCCUGCCUUUCGGGGUGAGGAACAUCAGCACCCCUCGUGGAAGGCAUUGCAUCACGAGCCUGGAGGAACUGGAGGAUGGUGAGUCGUACCUGUGUUCCCAUGGUAAGAAGGUACAGCCGGUUGACCUGGACAAGGCCAGCCGGCGCCCCAAGCCCUGGCUCAGCAGCCGCACUCUCAGCGCGCAUGCGCACCACCACCCUGUCGUCACCGCUGCUAGCAUGCUCCGCCCUCCGCGGAGGCUCAUGGUCUUCCGGAAUGGGGACCCCGGGACGAGGCGCACGAUCGUUCUGAGCAAGAGGGUCACCCAGAGCUUCGAGGGCUUUCUUCAGCACCUGACGGGCGUCAUGCGCUUCUCGGUGGUCAAGCUGUACGCCACAGACGGAAGGAAGGUUCCCAGUCUUCAGGCGGUGAUCCUGAGCUCUGGAGCUGUGGUGGCAGCCGGAAGGGAGCCAUUUAAACCAGGGAAUUAUGACACCCAAAAGUACUUGCUUCCUGCUAAAUUACCAGGAAUUUCUCAUCGUGUAUACCGAAAGGGAAAUGCCAAGUCAGAAAGCAGAAAAAGUGAUAACUGGAGGGUUUCCAUAAUCACCAGUGCCUUGCCAGAUGCAGGGACUACUUCACAGAUUUAUAUUGUACUGUAUGGACAACACAGAAGUUCAGCUCCCAUAUAUCUUUAUGGAACAGAUGGGGCUCAAUUUCAGGAUGGUCAUGAAGACAAUUUCACUAUCAAAAUUGGAGACAUUGGAACACUCUUUAAGAUUCGUAUUGGUCAUACUAAUUCUGGACACUCCCCAUCCUGGCACUGUAAGGAGAUAAAAUUGCGAAACAUGAAUUCUGGAAAACAGUUUUACAUACCAGUUCAACGAUGGUUGGCCCAAGAUCAAGAGGAUGGGGAAAUCUGUCGAGAAUUUCCUGUUUUAAAUAAAGGACAAGCCAUCCUUCCAGUGACAAUAUAUGAAAUCUACGUGGCAACAGGUGAGCUAUGGAAUGCCGGAACAGUAGCAAAUGUCUUCAUUUCUAUUUAUGGAGAGAAGGGAGAUACAGGAUCCAGACAGCUAUUUAAAUCUACAAGCACCUGUAAUUUUUUAAGGGGACAAACUGAUACAUUCUUCCUGGAAGCUGUGCACCUUGGAGAUUUAUACAAGAUUGUGAUAGGCCAUGAUGGACUUGGGCCAGGAAAUGGCUGGUUUCUUGAGGAUGUGGUGGUCAAGGAUCCUACAACAAGCCAUGAAUAUACUUUCUUCUGUCACAGAUGGCUGGAUCAAGGGGAAGAUGAUGGUAAAAUUGUCAGAGAACUGUAUGCUAGGGAUAACAGCAUCAUCUCUGCAAGGCAGAAGCUAGAAUAUAGGAGAAAAGAGACAUGGGCUGCAGAAAGAUGGAAGUUUAUGAAAGGAAAUACUCUUCAGUUCUACAAUAGAUUGACUGGAGGGUUUGUCCGUCUACAUCCAGAUGGCAGAGUUGAUGCUAUUGGAGAGAAGACAGACAAAUACGGUCUCUUUGAUGUCAUUUUCAACAAAGGAAAUACAUGCAUUUUCCAAAGUCAUGAGAUGAGACAUCUUUCUCUUGCUGUUGACAAUGGCCUUGUCACUGGAAUGGCUAGUGGUGCAGCUGCCACUGAGCUAAGGGUGCUUUAUCAGCCCAACCGCUGUGCACUUCUUCAAUCAGCAAGAGUUCCUGGUGACAUGGUUUCUUUUGAUCAUCAUACCAAAACAGCUGAUCAAUCAACAGGCUUUGCAGACCUUUCAAAAGAAUUUGUGAUUUUUGUGAAGGGGGUGUUCCUUAACAGUGCUGUGAUUCUGCUUGCUACAAGCCUGUGUCAGGCCCUGUGUCUUCAGCCUGAUGGGAGCUGCACGGGAGUGGGAAAUCAGUCGGAAAAAUCCUACUGGAGAGUGCAUAAAAUCAGCUCUGGGAUUUGCAUGUUUGAAAGUGUGAAAAGUGCCCGGAUGUAUCUAAGGAUUAAGGAUGGCCAGUGUGAUGGAACAGGUACAGGAGAUGUUGACUGUCAUUUUAAAAUUAAGAAGAACUUGGAAAAUGCAUCCAUAAGUUUGGAAUCUACGAGGAGCCCCGGGUUGUUUGUUGGACUUCGAUCAGAUGGACAGACAAGACCAGUUGUUUAUACCAAGGAUGAAAAUGUUUGCUUCUAUCCACAAGUCAUCCAAUUUGGCAGAGAAAAUCCAGCGGGAAUGUCUGUGACACCCAGCCAAGGGGAAGAAAAUACCUGUGAGCUGAUAAAACAGAAAGAAACACCACCAGCACCUGAAGAUAGAACUCUCUUACCUUCUUCAACUACAAAAGAAAUCAGACAUUCCCAAAGCAGUGAGCAUCCUCUGUCAGAAGAUGAAUGGAAGGUGUUAGUGCUGACGGGAAAUAUAGGGACUCAAGCCAAUGUAACUCUCUGGGUGUAUGGAGAUGAAGGAGUCACUGGACCAAUAAGUCUUAGCAAGGACAGCCCAGAGCAGCUCUUCCUUCCAAGACAGGAGGAUGAGUUUCAGGUUCAAGUAGGAAGAAUUGGAAAAAUAUAUAAGAUAAGGAUAGGACAUGAUGGAACUAGUGAGCAACCUGAAUGGAACCUACAGAAGGUGACCAUGCAACAUAUGAAGAGCAAGAAGAUCCUAGAUUUUGCAACAAAUGCCUGGCUCUCUCGGAUGCAAGCAGAUGGGGACAUUGUCUGUGAGCUUCCUGUAGUAAAAGAAGGAGAAGCCAUUUUCCCAUUAGUGAAAUACCAGGUUGAUGUCUACACUGGACAACUGAAACAAGCAGAAACAGAAUCUGAGGUUUUGCUGUGUCUCUAUGGAGACAGGGGAGAUUCCGGCCUUCGACUGCUACAUAAAUCUAACAUGCCAGUCAAAUUUCAAAGAGGACAGAUUGACAAAUUUCAAGUCACAGCAGUGUCACUUGGUAAACUGCAGAAGGUGCUGUUGCGCUGUGAGGCCAGUGACAAAUCACAGUACUGGUACUGUGAGAAGAUUGUCAUCAGAGAGUCUCCUGCCACAGCUGAGUCCAUCUUCACCUGCGAAAGAUGGCUUCCCUUCAUGUCUCAGGGUGUUAUUCAUUCAGAAAUUGAACUUUAUCCUCAAGAAAUGCAAAUAAAUCAUCAACCUAAAAUACAAGAGGAAACAAAUGAAGGAGACUGGAAGGUGACCAUCAUCACUGGAGACUUUGAAAAUGCUGGCACCACAGCAACAGUGUCUGUGUAUGUCUAUGGAGAAACAAAAUGCUCAGGUCCUAUUAUUUUGGGAUCUGGGAAAUACCAUCUAUUUAACCCCAACACUGCUGAUAUAUUCAAGAUAAAUCUUAAAGAUAUUGGUGAAAUCUAUAAAAUACGCAUUGGACAUGACAAUGGUGGGAAGGAUCCCAGUUGGUACCUGGAGGAGAUCAGAUUGGAAAACAUGGGCACACGUGAGCUGUUUUGUUUGAUUGUUGAUUCCUGGAUAGCCAAGAAUGACUCUGAUGGAGAUACAUGGAAAGAAAUGCCCAUUGUGAGAGCUGGGAAAGAGUCUUUGCCAGUGGUGGUUUAUGAGAUUCACAUAUACACGGGUACAGAGCCAGAUGCAGAAACAGAGUCUAAUGUAUUUAUCAACCUCAUCGGCACCAGAGGAGACUCUGGGAAGCGAAGCCUUCAUCAAUCCAAGAACAACAAGGUCAAGUUCCUGCGUGGGCAGGUUGAUAUUUUUUCCAUUAAGGCUGUAUCUCUUGGGAAACUGAAGAAGGUUCUGAUUAGUCAUGAUGGGACAGGUCCAGGUAAGACUUGGUUUCUUUACAGGAAAUUUUGA